AUGCAACGAUCCAUCUUCAACCCUCGGCUCUUCCGAGCCAGUCCAACAUCCAGUACCCUCCUCCACCGCCAACCGCUCUCCACCUCUACAGCACGACACGGCGUCUUCACCAAGGAGCGAGAUGACACCUUGGACCCCAGCAAAGAGGGUACGGAUGUGACAGAGAAGCAGGCCAAAAACCCCAAAGGAGCCAACCCCGCGGAGCAGCAAGCGAAGAUCGUCAAGCAGCAGGGACCUGGGCAGACGCAGCAGGAGGGCCGCACGCAGCAGAAAGCUGGUGGAGCUAUGGGAGACGGCAACACGCAGCAGGCCGGUUUGGGGAAGAAGAGUGACCCGUCGCAGAAGUCAGGCGAGGAGGCCGUGAAUCCUGCGGUGAAGAGUUGA